UUUUUCUGAAUUGUCAUCUACCAUAAGCUCUCAGAAGUCAGAAUGAAGGCACUGUGGAAGGUUCUGCUGCUCUUCAUGUUGUUGGCAAGCAUUCCUGUGCGAUACUGUCAGACAGAUUCUCAAGAUGUGGCUGCACUCCAGUCUCUUGUCAGUGGAUGGCAGGACUUACCAGCAAGCUGGAAAGCAUCAACUGAUCCCUGUGGUACUAGUACACAAUGGGAUGGGGUUACGUGCGACAAAGGCCGGGUGACAUCACUGAGGCUUUCAAGCAUUAACAUUCAAGGCACAUUAAGCAACAGUAUAGGUCAACUCAGUGAGCUUGUUUACCUGGACCUCUCCUUCAAUACUGGUCUUGGCGGUCCACUGCCAGCUGCAAUCGGGGAACUGAGCCAGCUUACGACACUAAUCCUGAUUGGCUGCAGCUUCACAGGGGGCAUCCAAGACUUAGGGAACCUAGUGCAGCUCUCGUUCUUGGCGCUGAAUUCAAACAACUUUACAGGAACAAUUCCUGCGUCCAUUGGCCUACUCUCGAAUCUAUUUUGGCUAGACUUGGCAGAUAACCAGUUUUCUGGACCUAUUCCAGUUUCCUCAGGUGGUUCUCCAGGACUUAACCUACUGACACAUACCAAACAUUUCCAUUUCAACAAGAAUCAGUUAACUGGUAAUCUAACUGGCCUCUUCAACUCAAGCAUGAGCCUUGAACACAUAUUAUUUGACAACAAUCAAUUGUCUGGUCCUAUCCCUCCUGAGCUUGGUGGCAUCACAACGCUCCAAAUUCUCCGAUUAGACAAGAACAGUUUUACAGGACAAGUUCCAACCAACAUCAGCAACCUAGUCAACCUAACUGGCCUGAAUUUAGCAAACAACAAGCUCAGAGGAAAACUGCCAGAUCUCACUAGCCUGACCAAACUAAAAGUGGUGGAUUUAAGCAACAAUUCAUUUGAUCCAUCAGUAGCACCAGACUGGUUCUCGACUUUGAAAUCUCUUGCUUCAGUAGCAAUAGAUUCUGGAGGACUCUCCGGCCAGGUUCCCAUCGGGCUCCUCACCUUGCCCCAACUGCAGCAAGUUAUACUGAGGAAUAACGCACUGAACGGGACACUUGAGAUGGCUGGCAACAUCAGCCAACAAUUGCAGACUGUGAAUCUUCUUAACAAUCGUAUAGUUGUAGCCAAUAUAACCCAAAGCUAUAACAAGACCCUAGUACUUGUAGGGAAUCCUGUGUGCUCGGAUCCAGAAUUCUCCAACCGCUUCUUCUGCAGCCUUCAGCAAGACAACCUUAUAACAUACACUACUAGUGUAACCCAAUGUGGUUCAACCUCGUGUUCCAGUGACCAAAGUCUAGACCCUGCAACUUGCAGUUGUGCCUAUCCUUACACGGGUAAGAUGGUCUUCAGAGCGCCAUCGUUCACUGACCUGAGUGGCAGUACAAACUUUCAGCAACUGGAAACCAGCCUCUGGGAAGAGUUGGGACUGAGCCCUCAUGCAGUUUUGCUUUCUGACGUCCAUUUGAACAGUGAUGACUAUCUCCAAGUUCAAGUGAGCCUCUUUCCAUCGACUGGGGCAUCUUUCAAUCAGUCAGAACUGAUAAACCUUGGCUCUGAUCUUAGCAAGCAAAUUUAUAAGCCACCACAAAUUUUUGGACCUUAUUACUUCAUUGCAGAUCAAUAUACCUCAUUUCCUGCAGGUGGUGUUGGCAGUGGGAGAUCUCAAAUGAGCAAACGCGCUAUAACUGGAACUGCAGUAGCCUGCAGUUUUCUUCUGCUUGCCCUAAUUUCCAUGGCAGUAUUUGCUCUACUAAAAAAGAAAAGGACAACACAAUCAUCAGGACGAGCAAAUCCUUUCGCUUCAUGGGGAGUUGCUCAAAAAGACAGUGGAGGUGCUCCACAGCUCAAAGGAGCAAGGUUCUUUUCGUUUGAUGAACUGAAGAACUGCACCAACAAUUUCUCAGAAAGUCAUGAAAUUGGAUCAGGAGGCUAUGGAAAGGUUUACAAGGGAAUGAUUGCAGAUGGAACAACUGUUGCAAUAAAACGAGCAGAGUAUGGAUCAAAGCAAGGUGCGGUGGAGUUUAAGAAUGAGAUUGAGCUGAUGUCUAGAGUUCAUCAUAGGAACCUAGUAAGCUUGAUAGGAUUUUGCUAUGAACAAGGGGAGCAGAUGCUGGUGUAUGAAUAUAUUUCCAAUGGUACAUUGCGAGAGAACUUGCAAGCAAGGGGGAUUUACCUGGACUGGAAGAAGAGGCUCAGGAUUGCUCUUGGCUCAGCUAGAGGACUAGCGUAUCUUCAUGAACUCGCUGAUCCGCCUAUUAUCCACAGAGAUGUCAAGUCCACGAAUAUCCUCUUGGAUGACAGUCUUAAAGCAAAGGUUGCUGAUUUUGGCCUGUCAAAGCUAGUCGCAGACACCGAAAAGGGACAUGUUUCUACUCAAGUCAAAGGAACACUUGGCUAUUUGGACCCCGAGUACUACAUGACGCAACAGCUCUCAGAGAAGAGCGACGUGUACAGCUUCGGCGUCGUCAUGCUUGAGCUACUAAGCGCCAGGCUGCCCAUAACGAAGGGCAGAUACAUCGUCCGGGAGUUCAGGAUUGCAAUAGAUCCGAACGACAACGACUAUUACGGCUUGCAGAGCAUCAUCGACCCAGCCAUCCACGACGCCGCCAAGUCCGCUGCGUUCAGGAGGUUUGUGCAGCUGGCCAUGGAGUGUGUGGAGGAGUCGGCUGCAAGACGGCCCACAAUGAGCUCGGUGGUGAAGGAAAUCGAGAUGAUGCUCCAAAAUGAAGGGCUAAGCUCAUCUAGCUCGUCUGUCACAGAGUUUGAGCAUGCAGGGCAAGCCACGGCGGACCCGUACAGCAGGGUCGUAGCCGAGAAUGGCUCGAAUAGCAGUGGCGGCAUAUCAGAAGAACCCUCCCACCCUGAAACUCAACACUGAGUUCGCUCCACACAUUUUGCCUGCUUUGUUUGUGUGUAUCGCACAUUAGUUUACAUGACCCUUGCUUCUAUAAUUGACGUUUCUCCCCAUCAA